AUAACUUCUUCGUGUAUUUAAUUACUACUUCUUUAUAUUUAGAAUUAAGUGAAAUUUUGUCUCCCAACUUUACAUGCAUGCAUGUCUUCCAAGAGCUCUCCAAAUUAUGAGUUGAUCAUUUUCAACAUUUCUUGGCUUCAAUUCAUGCAGGAAAAAUGGAGGGGGUCCUUUUAUGUUUUAAGCUCUUCAACCUUCCAUAGGACAUUCAAGUUCCUAUAAACUUAUCAAGCUUAUUAAAACCAAGCACAUGUAUAAAAGACAUAACCCACAUUUCAUUGCACCUGUUUUUCCCUUUUAAAAUCUUUCAUUCUACAUUUGGAGUAACUAGUAAAGUUUCUGCCAUAUGACUAGGUCACGGAUUCAAGUUAGGAAAACAACCUUUUGCAGAAAUGUAAGGUAAAACUUACGUAUAGUACGCCCUUUUGAUCCGGCCCUUCCACGAAUCUCAUGCAUAGCGGGAGCUUUAUUACACCGGACCGUCCUUUUUUCUGAUUUAUAAUACCCUAUUAUUUCUCUACCCUUUUUUCUUCCAACUGAACCACCAUGUGUCAGCUUUCCACAAAAGCUUGAAACCCAAGAUAAAGAAAUUUGUUUUUGCCAGAUUUAGUAAACCAACUAUUGGAUAUCAAUCCUGAAAAUCCUCCUAAUUACUAGACUUCAUUCUUUUUUCUAUUUUUAGUAAGCUCUAAGCAACUAUAUAUACCUCUACUAACAUCCCUUGAUUACUCAAAUCUUCCUUUCCGUUUUAGAAACUAUAGCACUAUAAACAUUGUUCUAACAAAUUCAUUAAUGGCUUAUUUUAGUAGAGCAAUUUGUUCAUUCUUUGCCUUGCUCUGCCUCCUAGCAAUAGUCACAGAAGCUAGGAAUAUAGAAACUACCAACAAUAAAGUAGGAUUCGUUAGAACAAGAGGUGCUCAUUUUGUACUAGAUGGAUCACCAUUUCUGUUCAAUGGCUUUAACUCUUAUUGGCUGAUGCAUGUUGCUGCUGAUCCAACUCAAAGGUACAAAGUGUCUGAGGUUUUCAAGGAAGCCUCUGCUGCCAGCCUUUCUGUAUGCAGGACUUGGGCUUUUAGCGAUGGUGGUGAUGCAGCAUUGCAAAUUUCUCCUGGUGUCUAUGAUGAACGUGCUUUUCAGGGAUUGGAUUUUGUAAUCUCAGAAGCAAGAAAGUAUGGGAUACUUUUAAUAUUGAGCUUUGUGAAUAACUACAAAGAUUUUGGAGGGAGAAACCAAUAUGCUCAAUGGGCAAGAAAUGCAGGAAUUCAAAAUAUUAACAGUGAAGAUGAUUUUUAUACUCAUCCAGUUCUUAAAGAAUAUUACAAGAACCAUGUUAAGAAAAUAGUGACAAGGGUCAAUACAAUGACUGGAAUAGCAUACAGGGAUGACUCCACAAUAAUGGCAUGGGAACUUAUGAAUGAGCCUCGCUGCAAUGCUGAUUAUUCUGGAAAAGCAGUUAAUGGGUGGGUUCAAGAGAUGGCAAGCUUUGUGAAAUCACUAGACAAAAAGCACUUGUUGGAGAUAGGAAUGGAAGGAUUUUAUGGCGAUUCAAUGCCCGAAAAGAAGCAAGUUAAUCCUGGUUUCCAAGUUGGAACAGAUUUCAUCAGUAGUCAUCUUGUUAAGGAGAUUGAUUUUGCCACCAUACAUGCAUACACUGACCAAUGGUUGUCUGGACAAAGUGAUGAUGCGCAAGCAGCAUUCAUGCAAAGAUGGAUGACAAGUCACUGGCAAGAUUCAAGAGCCAUACUAAAGAAGCCAUUAGUACUUGCAGAAUUCGGAAAGUCUAGCAAAGAUCCAGGAUUCAAUCAAAAUGUAAGAGACACAUUCAUGAGUUUAGUAUACAGAAAUGUGUAUAAUUUUGCAAAAGCUGGAGGGACCAUGGGAGGAAGCUUAGUAUGGCAGCUGGUGGCAGAAGGCAUGGACGAUUAUGAUGAUGGUUACUCAAUUGUGUUGGCACAAAAUCCUUCAACUGCAGGGCUAAUUUCAGGUCAAUCUCAUGCCAUGACAACUUUGGCUAAUUUGGUUAAUAGCCCUAAUUUGGGUAAGUCAAAUGGACAUCAUCCACUUGGUGUUGGACAUCAUCCAUUAGGAAUGGGACAUCAUCGUUUUGGUAGAUGAGGUCAUGAACAUCAUCCAUUAGUUACAAUUUGUUUUUAAGGUACCUUUCAUAUAUUUUGGAGUACUCGUGUCCAGUUUGUAACCCAACUUACAAAUUUCGGAUUUUCGCAUUAGCAAAAUUUUGCUAGUGUGCGGUUGAUUUACUUUAUGAAUGUAUUCUGCUUGCAUUUCAACACUUUGUAAUUUCCGGCUGGUUUAGGUUUACUGAAUCGUAAUUGUAGCUGUAUCCAACACCUUUGUUAUUGAAAGUAAUUUUAUUGAAAGUAGCAAUAAUUAGCUUGUAAUUAUAUUUCUAUUUGGC